CGGGAACGAGGAUCACGAAUUAUGAAAUAAUUUAAAUUUGAUUCCAAAGGUAAACCCGGUUUUUGAAAACUUUUACAAGCUCAGAUUUGAUAUUUCUCAUGUAUAGCAUCGCGAGAUUGUGUUUUAGUUACAUUUCUUAAAUUUGAACGAGGUCGAUAAGCAACAUUAGACAUGGAGCAAAUUCUAUGUGGCAGAUUUGGACACAGCAUUUUGCUGAUAUCGAAAUCCUCUCGUCGACCAGUUUCUAUCAUAAAUUCGAAAAGUAUAAUGACAGGAAGAUUUACGAGACCACUACUAGCAUCUCCACAUCCUCGUUAUUUUGCAAAUCCACAUCGCGGAUAUACAAUGAUCAUUACAAGAAUUGUAAGGGGAGCAUUAAAGCUGCGGUAUAUUCUCCUGAGUGGUGCCAAAGGGGGAGGGGGGAGUCAAAAAAAAUACGAAGAAUGGAAAGAUGGCUUACCAGAUAUGAGUUGGAUCAACAACAUAAUUCCUAAGGAACAACAGUGGCACGAUAGUGCACAAAAUCUCUUGCAAUUGAAGGACAAGCUGUUGGGAAAUGUGCAUAUAGAUCCACGAUUAAAGGAGCUUGGGGAGGCAAAAUAUCGAGAAUAUAAGAGGUGGUUUGACCAGAGGUUGGACAAUGCAAUUAAAGCAGCAGAGAGCCGCCAAUACGAUGUGCAAAAUGGUGACUCUUCAAAUCGUAUGUUUGACGUGAUCUCAACCGUAGCAAAACAAGUUUACUCAGAUGCUAAGGAGGAAAUUCUAAAGAGUACAGUCGUUCAUGCACGUCCAUUGCUGAAUGAAACUAACGAAGAUGAACGACGAAAAGCUCAAUCUUCACAGCAGAGAAUAGAUGCGAUGCAGGAUGAAGUCAUGCAAAUGCAGUUGAAGUAUCAGCGAGAAUUAGAAAGGUUGGAAAAGGAAAAUAAAGAGCUGCGAAAACAAAUGUUGCUGCGAGGGAAUCAAAAAUUUAACAAUCGAAAAAUCAAAAAAUCUCUUAUCGAUAUGUACAGUGACGUUUUGGACGAACUUAGCGAAUACGACAGUGGUUACUCAACAGCCGAUCAUUUGCCUCGAGUUGUCGUAGUUGGCGAUCAAUCCUCGGGAAAAACCUCUGUUCUCGAAAUGAUCGCCCAAGCGAGAAUUUUCCCUAGGGGCGGUGGAGAAAUGAUGACAAGAGCUCCAGUUAAAGUGACUUUGAGUGAAGGACCUUAUCACAUUGCCCAGUUCAAAGAUAGUUCGAGGGAAUUUGAUUUAACGAAGGAAUCAGAAUUGGCAGACUUGAGGAGGGAAGUAGAACUUCGUAUGAAAAACAGUGUUAAGAACGGAAAGACUGUUAGCCAAGAUGUUAUUGCCAUGACUGUGAAGGGUCCUGGACUCCCUCGAAUGGUUCUUGUCGAUCUGCCUGGUAUCAUUAGUACAGUCACAGUCGAUAUGGCAGAAGAUACUCGGGAUGCGAUUCGACACAUGACUCAGCAGUAUAUGAGCAAUCCGAAUGCAAUUAUUCUUUGCAUUCAAGAUGGUUCAGUGGAUGCUGAGAGAAGUAAUGUGACUGAUCUUGUUUCUCAGAUGGAUCCUUCUGGCAAGAGGACUAUUUUCGUUCUCACAAAGGUGGAUAUGGCAGAAGAAAACUUAGCGAAUCCGGAACGUCUAAGGAAAAUACUUUCAGGAAAACUGUUUCCUAUGAAAGCCUUAGGUUACUUUGCGGUCGUCACUGGACGUGGGAGACAGGAUGACAGUAUACAAACAAUAAAAGAUUAUGAAGAGAAUUUCUUUAGGAAUUCAAAACUUUUUAAGGAUGGUUUAGCUAUGUCUAGUCAAGUUACCACCAGAAAUUUAAGCAUGGCUGUAGCAGAAUGUUUCUGGAAAAUGGUUCGUGAGACUGUGGAACAACAGGCAGAUGCCUUUAAAGCUACGAGGUUUAAUCUCGAGACUGAGUGGAAAAACAAUUUCCCACGGUUGAGGGAACUCGACAGGGACGAGUUGUUCGAAAAAGCAAGAGGGGAGAUUCUCGAUGAAAUUGUUAACUUAUCACAAGUUUCACCAAGACACUGGGAAGAAGUUUUGAUGUCGAGACUUUGGGAGAAAGUUAGCAUGCACGUUUUCGAAAAUAUUUAUUUACCAGCUGCUCAGAGUGGCAAUCCCAGUACAUUCAAUACAACUGUGGAUAUAAAAUUAAAGCACUGGGCAGAACAGCAGUUGCCAGCUCGAAGUGUAGAAAGCGGAUGGGAAUGCUUGAAACAAGAAUUUCAGAAGUUCAUGUCCCAGGCGAAAUUAAAUCCAGAUCAUGAUAAUAUUUUCGAUAAUUUGAAAAAUGAAGUUGUGAAUGAAGCGAUGAAUAGGCAUACGUGGGAAGAUAAGGCUUCCGACAUGCUACGAGUAAUUCAACUAAAUACACUCGACGAUCGAAAUGUGAACGAUAAGAGAGAUUGGGAUCAAGCAGUUCGGUUUUUAGAGAACUCAGUCAAAGAAAAACUACAUAGUACGGAGCAAAUACUGCGUGAAAUGUUGGGCCCAAGUCGCAAAGAUCGCUGGCUUUACUGGCAGUAUCAAAACGAAGAGCAGCAAAAACGAACAGCAGUAAAGAAUGAGCUUGAUAAAAUUAUUUACGCGGACAAGAAACACGCACCUACCUUGACACAAGACGAGUUGACUACAGUGAGGAAAAAUUUGCAGCGGAAUGGAUUGGAUGUGGAUAAUGAAUUUAUUCGGGAAACUUGGCAUCCGGUCUAUAGGAGAUACUUUUUGCAACAAAGCUUGUCGAGAGCUUAUGAUUGCAGGAAAGGAUAUUAUCUCUAUCACACUGGCCAUGAUCAAGAAAUGGAGUGCAAUGAUGUAGUGCUUUUCUGGCGAAUACAACAGGUGCUCAAAGUAACAGCAAAUGCUUUGAGACAGCAGAUCAUGAAUCGAGAAGCUCGAAGGCUAGAUAAAGAGAUUAAGGAAGUAUUAGAAGAUUAUAGCCAGGAUAAUGAAAUUAAGCAGAAACUCCUAACGGGGAGAAGAGUUACGCUUGCUGAGGAACUGAAACGAGUGAGGCAGAUUCAAGAAAAACUGGAGGAAUUCAUCCAAGCUCUAAACAAGGAAAAGUGAGGAAAAAUGAACAAUGAAACUCGAUCAGGCCAAAGCUGUAUGUGGAAAUGAAUGCGCGGUUGGCCCAGGAGGUGAACCUCAAGUUCCAUGUGUGUGUGUGUGUGUUAGGAAUAAAUUAAUCGCAUUAAUCACGGUGUGCGGUGCACUCCAGAAUGUUUCUCUGCUGAAGUCGACGCUCUUUUAUUCUCGAACGAGUGGAUCUUUUAAACGUGGGAAUACGAUGAUCAAUUUAUUUAUAAAGGUAUCCGCACAUCAUUAUAGUAAUUUAUUCUGAAUGGAUGAUUUCACUAAGCAGCUUUACAAAAAUCUACACAUGUGAUUUAUGUAGCUAGUGGAAAAAAUUCGAUCAUUAUUCUGAUAUGAUCUGAUCAUAUGAGUAGAAUUAAGGCGAGGGAUACUCAUUUGUUGGCAUGAGAACCUCAUUUCGUGAUUGAAGCCUAAAAAGAAAUGCUGUAACGUCCAUCAAACACGCGAUGUAUAUACACUGUUACGAGCACUGUACGAAUAAAAUCAUUUUCUUUAAA